CAAGUCGGGCGGCCACUUCUUCCCAAAUAUCCUGGUAAACAACGCAUACUCAUGAAAAACUGGGUUGAUGAGUGCAAUAAAACGCAUGAAUGCAUGUGGCAUAAGACAUCCGCCUAUAUGCCCACAAGAGUCAUAGAUGUUGGGAAGGGCUCACUUCGGCUGGUUGAAACUCGCAACAAGAUAAUGAACGAUUAUAUCGCUCUAAGUCAUUGUUGGGGUAUUCUAACCAAGGAAGAAAGAUUCUGCACCUACUCCAACAAUAUUGAAGCGCUAAAAAGAAGCAUUCCUUACGAUUCACUACCAAAAUCCUUUCAGCAUGCGGUGGAUGUUACCCGUCUUUUGGGCGUCCAAUAUCUCUGGAUUGACUCUCUCUGUAUCAUUCAAGAGGAUAAGCAAGACUGGGAAUUGGAGGCUGCAAAAAUGGAAGAUAUAUUCAGCUCUGCAUACUGCACUAUUGCCGCCUGUUCAGCUGCUUCCUCCUUGGAUGGUUUCCUCGGCAAACGGAACUCGAAGAUUAGCUUCAAACUUCAGACAUCUAGAGGACCACGAUACCUUAUUGAGCCUAUCGACAAUUUCCAGGAAGAUGUGGAGCAAAGUGUGCUGAGCAAACGGGGAUGGGUACUACAAGAGAGAGCACUAUCUCGUCGCACAAUAUAUUUCACCUCGAACCAAAUGUAUUGGGAAUGUGGCGAGGGUAUCUUUUGCGAGACUCUCGCCACGCUACAUAAUUCCGUAUCACAAUUUCUGAGUGAUUCCGAUUUUCCAAAUUAUGCGCUCUCACACUACAAAAAUGAUCGCAUACAACUCACUCAGCAUUUAUACCAACUCUAUAGCACUCUUCACCUUACAAACGUUACCGAUCGUCCAAAGGCAAUAUUGGGGCUGCAAAAUCGACUUGCCCGCACGUUCCAGUCCAGAGCUGAUUAUGGUGUGAUCUGGAUUUAUCUGGAGAGAACACUGCUUUGGCAAGCCGAAAGUCCUCGUACCAUGUCCCGAAUAUCUUACCAAGAAUGUUCCAGGGUACCUUCUUGGUCUUGGAUGGCAUAUACUGGGGCUAUAAAGUAUAUGAACAUCCCUUUUCAACAGGUACAUUGGACUCAGAACAUUCGAAGCCCUUUUGGUGCCAAGGAUCACGAUUCUGGACAGGAUAGUACCGAGAAUCACAAUGCCGAGUGGGAUAGCCACUUACAUGCUGCAGCAAGUGAG